AUGCGCCUCAUUAAGCAGAAUAUUGAGCGUAAUGGCUCGGGCUCGGUCACGCUCUACCCUGAGGAGCCGGAAGACAUGUGGCAUGCAUACAACCUCAUACGGCCCAAUGACCUUCUAAAGGCCAGCGCAAUACGCCGGGUAACCACCACCGCAGCAACCGGCACAACGGCUUCAUCCCGCGUGCAUAUAAACUUGCAAAUUCGUGUGAAGAGUCUUGACUUCGAUAUCCAGAGCUCUCAACUACAUGUGUCCGGCCAGAUAGUUGUAGAGACGCCGUAUACGAAAAUUGGCCAGCAUCAUACCCUUGAUUUGGAACUGCAGAGGAAUUUUACCCUGGAAAAAGAAGUAGAAGGAACGUCUCUGCCGGGAGAUGGACCGGCAACUGGUACAUGUGCUGGUGGAUGGGAUAGUAUGGCAAUUGAGAUGUUGAAAGAUGCCGUGGAUGAAGGAGGGAAAAGAAGAGCAGAGGCCGUUGCUGUGGUUAUGCAAGAAGGCCUUGCGAAUAUUUGUUUUAUUGGGCAAUAUCAAACUGUCCUCAAGCAGAAAGUCGAGCUUACUAUUCCCAGGAAGAGGCAGGGGGGGAGCGACUAUGACAAGGCUUUAUCCAAAUUUUAUCAACUUACCUUGGAUAAUCUCCUUCGUCUUAUCGAAUUUAAUAGCGCCACAGGCUCCUCCCUUGUCACUCCAAGCUCAGGUUCAAGUAGUGACACAUCUGCAAAGCCCAUCCUCCUCGCCUCCCCAGGGUUUACUGCAGCCGGAUUCCAAAAACAUAUGCAAUCAGUUUCCAACACCACCACGCCCUCCUUAAAACCCCUUCUUCAAAGUCUGAUCGUCGUUCAUUCCUCGUCAGGCCACGUUCAUUCCCUCAACGAGGUGUUGCAGUCCCCUGCUGUACAAGCAAGGUUAGCUAACACAAAAUAUGCCCGUGAGACGGCGCUGAUGGAUACAUUCUAUGAACACCUGCGAAAGGAUACGAACAAGGCUACUUAUGGACCCAGUGAGGUGGAAUCGGCUGUUGAUCAGGGGGCAGUAGGCAGAGGUGGAGGAGUUUUGCUGAUUUCUAAUAGAUUAUUCAGGGCUCCGAACGUGCGUGAGAGACAAAGAUGGGUGGCAUUAGUGGAUCGAGUUAGGGAGGUCGAGGGCGGAGAGGUCCGGGUUCUGAGCUCUGAUCAUGAAAGCGGGAGGAGAUUAGACGGGCUAGGGGGCGUUGCCGCAAUAUUGACGUUUCCCAUCGAGGACAAUGAUGAAGAACAUGAUGAGGAAGAUGGCUGA